ACGACUCCUUGUAUGAUAAGUUGUUUCACAAGCAUAUUUUAGCAGAGAGGGAAUCGAAUCGAAAGAUAAAAAGUGCUCGCUGUUCUUCUCUUUGAAGAAAUCGAUGAAAGAAAUGCAUUUCCGUCGGUUCACUGUCUUAAUCGUUCUCGUCUUCACUGUUACCUCUCUGUCUCUGGUGCACGCGUCGAGUAAGCAUCAGAGAAGGGGAAUCGACAUCAAUUCGCCAUUCGAUACGGCUCUCGAAACUCUGCAGAAGCAAAUUCGCUAUAAUUUCAAGAAGAUUGAUCUUCUCCGGCGCGCGAUGACGCACCCUUCGUUUUCUGAAGAGAACAACAAGGCACUCAGCGUCCUUGGGGCUGAUGUGAUUGACUCAUCGAUCUCUCUGAGAUUCCUUCAAAAAAACAUAGAUAUGUCUUCCAAAGAUCUCAACGAACGCAAAUUGGAGAUCUCCAAACAGUCAUCGUGCGCUGUUGAUGGGACACGGCUUGGAUUGCACAAGGUGGUAAGGGUUUCUCCCAAGACCAAUUCUACAGCUCCUGCUGUGGUUUGUGGUGCAUUCAGGGCUAUAUUUGGUGCUAUUGCUAUUGAUAUUGGUAAGUCUGAUGAUGCUGGAGGUGUUUUCUGGGAUGUUCAUAGUGGGGAUGUUGGACAAGCUCUUGCUUUGUGAGGUAGUUUUUAUAUUUCUAAGGCAAUUUCUCUUUGCAUUGGCUUUAGUCAACGACUCUGGUACUGUGUUGCUUAUGAUUUCUUGGUUCAGCUCAUUGUAGAUAGGGUUUGUGGCUACUUUGCGCUUUAAGUCUAGGUGUCCUUGGCUUAUAUAGUGUAACGAAUGAAUGGUAGUUAUAGAGGUAGCAUCUGUUGAUGAUGACCGAUUGCACUCGUAUUUUAGUUCUCCUUUGUUCUAUUGUCGAUAUUUGUGUGAUGGUUGAAGAUCUGUCUCUGCCUAUCUCUGUUUUGCCAGAGGAUGGAAAUUUAGUAUCUUUGUUUGCUUUGAGAUUGAGUUUAAAAGUUUCUGUUUGGAGUUGAGCCGUAAUGACAAAUAUUAUUGACAGAGAAUGUUAGUUUAUGCUAUUGAAGAAUAAUUAAGGUUGCUAAA